GUCAUCCUCAACAAGAUCCCGCCAGCGGUGACAGAGCAACAGAUUGCGACCGGAGCCGGGCGACCGGAUGAGGUUCUGCAGGUGAGCUUCCGUCCCGCAGAUCCAGAAGGACCUGGUUGGGCCAUUCUCGCGUUUGCCACGCCCGAGAUUGCCAAGUGGCUGUCCAGCUGUGGCUUCGGCCACCCACGCACCAUCGAAACAGGCUUGUGGAAGGGGAUGAUUGUGGGCGUCGACAACGUGCUGCUGGAUGUCGUGGUGUCCAUAGACGAUGAGCCCGACAUCCUGAAGCGCUAUCAGGUCGAAGCGAACACACAAUGCUUGGCGGAGGAGAGGCACAUGCCGCUGGUGAAAGACAUGCUGAGCAGAGCCGAGGCUGGCAACGCCAGUACGACACCUGGCGGCGUGAUCGCCAACAGUCUUCGAGCCGGUUCUUGGUGGUUAAGGAGACAGGCAGAUUGCCAGCAGCCGCGAAGAAUCAUGUUGGGGAUGGUUGGGCACGAUGCUGCCGGAGACAGGCUGCACACAGAGCUCUCAGCGGCUGGAGUUGAGCCGAUGCUGGGCCGACCUGCAAGGAAAGAGGAGCCCAACGACAACCUCACCAACACCAGCGGUGUGUGUUGUUGCCUAUUGGCAAACAAGGCUCGCACGAUGGUGACGCAUCUUGGCAUCAGCAAAACUCUCCAUUUGGAUGGUAAGACAGACGGCUUUGCCGGAUGGAUCAGCCGGAUGGAGAUGCUGCAGGCAUCUAUCAAGACUACUACACCGCAGGCAUGGGUUGCAGUCACCUCUGGGUUUUAUGCCCAAGCAGAUCCUGAAGGAUUGGCUGCCAUGCUGGCUUGGUGCUCCAAGCCACAUGUUGCAGCCACAGGUCGAAUCCUGCCCAUCUUCGCGAUCACUGAGGCCGCUCGCUCGGCUGACUUCACUUUCGCCAACGAAGCAGCGUCCAAGCCCGCCCCUGAAACCUACGAGGAUGCAAUGGCAGUGAUUGCGAGAUGGAAGCAGCGAGGUUGGAUGAUCGGCACUCGCGGCUCGAAAGGUGUGGGCUGCAUCCGUUCAAAGUCAGACACCUCGCUCUUCCAAGUGCCAGUUCCACCAGUGUCCCCGGAGGAGUUCGUGGACGAUGUGGGUGCUGGGGAUUCGUUCAUGGGCGGCUUUCUUGAAGCCAUCUGGCAGAGCCUGGCAGCACUUGCUCAAGAAGAAGCCGUCGAUUCUUCUGAAAGUGCGGGUAAGCGAAAGCUUGAGGAUGUGCCCUUGGCCUCCAAGUUGACAGACGACAACAUGAAGGACGCAGUGCGCGCCGGCAUCACAGCAGCUGGUGUUCUGGAUGCCAGUUUGCUGGGUGAGAUCUUUCUUGCUGGCUCAUGGUCGCGAACAUCGCAGCCUGAGCCGGCCCUCGGCGAGGGCUUGCUUGGCAAAGUUCGGAGCACCAACGAUCAGGACAGCCCAUGGAAGGAAGCCAGAACAAAGGAGGGUCAGGUCUAUUACUAUCACGCAGUAACGCGGCAAACUCUGUGGAUCAAGCCGCCCCCAGAGUUUCCUUCUGCUGCGCAGAUGAUGGCAGGCCGAGGUGCGCAGAGAUCGGCAAAUCCAGGAGUUCAGGCGCAAGCAGCUAUUCGAGCAGCGCAAGAUUCCGUUGCGGCAGCGCAUGGCAGUGAGCCUGCGGGCUCAACGACUUCUGGUCCUGUUGGUGCCAAUCUUUUCGUCUACCAUAUUCCAAACAGUUGGGAUGACCACAUCCUUCGCCAGCACUUCGAGCAUUUCGGAAAGAUUCUGAGUUGCAGGGUGCAGAAGGACGACAGCGGCCGGCCACGCGGCUUUGGGUUUGUAUCCUUCGAUGCACCAGCAUCAGCUCAGGCUGCCAUUGCAGGGAUGCAUGGCUUUCCGGUGGAAGGCAAGUGGUUGAAGGUGCAGCUAAAGAAAGGUGAUGAGCAGCAGAUCGAGCAGGCGAAGGAGCAAGUCGGGGGCAUGCCGGGCGUGACCACGCAGGGGCUCAAUCCGCCACCGGCUGCCCCUCCGGCUGCUCCGCCACCCGCACCCCCAGCGCCCCCGGCACCGCCAGCGCCUCCGGCAGCGCCUCCGGCGCCUCCGUCACAGGGGGACCGGCUCCGUGAGGCUCUGCUCGGCAAGCCCCCUCCCAUGCCCAUGGGCCUAGGUUUAGGUGAUGCAAAAGGUGCAGACGGAAAAGGUUUUGGCAAGAAGGGAUGCUUUGGUGGCAAGAGUGAUGGACCGAAGGGAUUUGGAGGAGAUGGUGGAAAGGGCUUUGGAUUUGAUGGUGGUAAAGGCUUUGGAUGCGGCUAUGGCAACGACUUCGGCAAGGGCGGCAAUGAUUUCGGCAAGGGCGGCAAUGACUUCGGCAAGGGCAGUGGCGCAGAGAAAGGCUUUGAUGGAUUUUCUAGCUUCGCGAAGAAGGGCGGCAAGGGCAUGCGUCCAGGUCCCUACUGA